UGGUUCUCUUAGCUUCCUGUUUACUGCCUGCUGCACCAACAGACUGGAGUACACAGAUUGCAACACAGCUUCAUUGCCGCGGCUCUCAUCCACUGCAACAACAUAUGCAGCAUUAAGGUCGGCAGCUACAGGAUUGACUUUUGCAUAACUUUAAUCCGUUCAUUGGUAUGGUCGUGGUUACCAAGGAGACUUGAAGACGUGACAUUGAGGAAACGUGAGCAGGCCGGGAGGGAUCCUGGAGAUUUCCUGACCACAGCUGACUGGGGUUCGCGGUUAGCUGGCGCGUCAGGGAGCCGGACAUCACUUUACCUUGUGUCAAACAAAGCAGUGGUGAUGUGCUGGAGGACUACAAAGGUCAAAAAUUGUGUCAAAUUAAUUUUUGAAGGUUUGGGGUCACUGGAAACAAGAGACCUACGCCUGGGAAGCUGAACUAGUGUGUUAGCUAGUGGUGCUAACUCCGGUAGCAGCAGCAGCAGCAGCCGCCGCGGUGCGAGGGGCUGGCUGUGCGGUCUGACUUACGGCUUCUGUGUGGAGAUUGUUGCAGCUCACCGGUGCCCUGAAUUCAGGAAGACUCCCCGGCUCCGGCCCCCUCAAGCGGGCAGUCAGGAAGAAGCUGACUGGGAAGGGAUGGCCUGGUCGGUCUUCCCGAACCAAAGGACAAGGCUCUGCGGUGUUUGAAGGAGGUCGAGUUCGGCUUGAGGCCACCGCCGCGGGUCGAGGCAUUAUGAUGGCCGCCUCGUCCUCCCCGGCCGGCGGCUUCACGGGGCCCGGGCUGUCGGUCAAAAAGAGCGAGGAAAUUGCGGAUUUGAUAGAUUUGUUUUCCAAGACGCAGUACAGAGCAAGGGAAGUUACUCCUCGGGUGGAGGGGAUAGAGAAGCGUUGUCUGGAGUUAUUUGCCAGAGACUACAAGUACAGUGUCAUCCAUAACCCCAAUGGAGAAGUGUGUGGACAUUACCCCAGACAGAUAGUUUUUCUGGAGUAUGAGUGCACAGAUGUCGAGAGCGAAAGGUUUGAGAGUACAGUACAGAUCAGUAAGCUGCAAGACCUAGUGAACCGGAGUAAGCUUGCCCGCUGCAGAGGGAGGUUUGUCUGUCCCGUCAUCCUCUACAACGGCAAGCAUAUUUGCCGAUCGUCGACUCUGGCAGGCUGGGGGGAGUUGUACGGACGCACAAGCUACAACUACAUCUUCUCGGGGGGUAGUGAUGACACGUGGACAGAGUCGGAGGAGGUGCCAGAGGACGACAGUGCCGUCAGGAACGGGGACUCGCAGCUCUUCGACAAGGUGCGAGGCCACGACAUUAAGCUGCUCCGUUACCUCUCGGUUCGCUACAUCUGUGACCUGAUGGUGGAGAACAAGAAGGUUAAGUUUGGCCUAAAUGUGACAUCGUCUGAGAAGGCGGACAAGGCCCAACGCUAUGCAGACUUCACCUUGCUCUCUGUGCCUUAUCCAGGGUGUGAGUUUUUCAAGGACUACAAAGACAGAGACUAUACAGCCGAGGGUCUGGUGUUUAACUGGAAUCAGGACUAUGUGGAUGCUCCCUUGACAAUCCCUGUGUGCUUUACUCAGAACUUGAAUAUUGACUGGACGCAAUACCAGUCGUGGGACCUGGUGGAGCAGACCCAGAACUACCUGAAACUGCUGCUCCACAUCAUCAACAGUGAUGAUGAGAGUGGCCUCCUGGUGCACUGCAUAUCAGGCUGGGACCGGACUCCUCUGUUUGUGUCCCUCCUCAGGCUCUCCCUGUGGGCAGACGGCGCGGUGCAUGCCAGCCUGGAGCCAGCUGAGAUCCUGUAUCUGACCAUCAGUUACGACUGGUUCCUCUUCGGUCACAUGCUGCCAGAUCGACUCUCCAAAGGGGAGGAGAUUUUCUUCUUUUGCUUCAAUUUUUUGAAGCACAUUGUCUCAGAGAAGUUCUCUGCAGUUAGGAAACAGAGAAGGAAGAACUCCCACUUCAAAGACAGUGAUUUCACUGUGGAAGAUCUCUGCCAGUUGAAGUCAAAGGAUCGGGGCAGUGUGACCAGUCUGAGCAGUGAGUUCUCCCUCAUCACUGAGGAGGUGGGCACCAGCGCCAGCCUCACCAAUGACUCUGUGGAUCUGUUUUCCAGCCAGCCCCAGGCCUCCGGCUGGAGAAAAGGCACCACCUCCUCUCCUCAGAUGGUUGUUUGGAGUAAGCAGAACCCUCUGGACGAACACCUCUCCCAUCCACUUAUCGAGGCCAGGUCUUCCAGCUCAUCCUCCUCCAACCAAUCAGAACACGCUGCCACGCGCACUGGCAGCAGCCCAUUGGCUGUCCCCGGGAGAAGGUUUGCAGCAGAGUACACUCGGUCAGGUUCCUCCCUCUCCACUGAGUAUGGCAGUUGGCAGAUAGUUUCUGGUUGUGGCAGCAUCCAUGACCACGCUCCCUUCCCCCCACAACUGGCCUCCGCCUCCUCCACCUCAUCAGCCAUCGCUGCUGCCCAUGACUCCCCCCUGCCCUUCAGUUUUAAGGAUGAUGGACCCAGUGGGCGAAUGUGUCCCUUCCCCUCUGAGCGCCAGGCGCGUCUGGAGGCAGUGCGGGAAGUCUUCCUGGCAGCUUACAGCUCCACCGUGGGACUCAAGUCGUCCGUGCCGAGCCCCUCUGCCGCCAUCUCCGGCCUGCUGGAGCAGUUUGCCCGCGGCGUCGGCCUCCGAGGCACCAACGCCAUCGUCUGAACCCUUUCAAUGUGACUUUAGACCCUCCUUCUGCUGCCAUCCAUCCACAAAGUCUGGGCUCAGUACAAUAAAGUGCCAAAUACCUCUGUUCAAUUCAGGGGUGAUGCUUUUUUUUUUUUUUAAUUAUGUUUUUGGUUUACCCUGACCUGGAAUAAUUUUUUUUCUGUGCUACUCCAGCUUUUCUCUGGACUUUGAAUCUUACAUGUUGAGUUCACCUGUGACAUUCAGAAGACGUUUUCAGCCACAGUAUCAAAAAGGGAUAGAGAGUGCUUUCUAGCUGCUGAAAUGUAUAUGGCUGAAAACAUGGGGUUGGUAACCCAUUACAGGCAGAAUAUAUAGGAUUCUUCCUUCCUCUGUUCUUCCUUCAUCUCUCCACACUUUUCUUUUACCCUGAAGAGUCCUUGCAGUGUUCUUUACUGAUUCAAGCACAAGAAGGUUCUUUAUUUCAGAUGAAUGUUGAAGGUUAGAUAAACACAGCACUUGAUUUGUUCUGACAGAAAUGGCAGCAAGCUUCUUUUUGGCUGUUAAUUUGACACAGAAUCCGAUGAUCGAAUAGAUUAUAGGGUUUACAGAUAAUGUGCAGAUCAAGAGGAUAAAUUAGAUUUUUUAAAUGAGGAAUUCAUAAUAAAAAAUAAAAUACAAUAUGUACACUGUUAAAGUUGUUGGCCACUGUAACUAUUAUUCCCAGUAAAUACUCCUGUCCAUGAAGAGAUCUUUUUUGUAGUGUGACUACA